AUGCCAGCUCGAAAAUCGGCAGCUUCGAAAAGGGCGACCCCUGCCUCCAAAAAAUCACACAAACGCCAAUUGUCACAAGUCACACCCUCGAUCUCGCCGGGAAGCAGGGUAUCGAAGAGAUUGAAGGAGUCUGCCGAGAAGGAUCAACGUCGCGGCAAGACCACCCCCACGAAGAGCAAGUACUUUCAAGAGCCCGACAGCGAGGAUGAGGAUGUCGAUAUCAAGGAGGAUGAGAGCGAAGAGUCGGGAUAUGAAGACCAAGAGGCAUCGGAAACAGAUCAACCCUCGACCGAGGAGCCUGACACAGAAGACGAUUACGAGUCUGACGAGGAGCACAAAAGGAGAAAGCCGAAAAAGAAGACCGUCAAGUCUGGGGGUGGGCUCACUGGCGGCAUCCAGGCUGUGGCUAAUGCCGUGCUAGAAAAAGGCAAGGAGCUCUGGAGACCUGGAGUGAAGACGGGUCUGGGUCCAGGCAAGCAGGUCUUCAUUGAGAAACCGAAACCCAGGGGUGAUGGGGGGAUCAAGUAUGCUGCUGAGAAGAUCCAUCCGAAUACCAUGGCUUUCUUGAAAGAUUUGAAGGAGAAUAAUGACAGAGAAUGGCUGAAGAUGCACGACGUUGAUUAUAGGGCCUCCUGGAAAGACUGGGAAGGAUUUGUAGAAGCAUUGACCGAGAGACUCACAGAGAUUGACGAAACAAUCCCAGAGUUACCGCCAAAGGAUGUGGUCUUCAGGAUCUACCGCGACAUUCGAUUCUCUUCUGACCCGACUCCUUACAAACCUCAUUUCUCUGCAGCAUGGUCUCGGACUGGUCGUAAAGGACCUUAUGCGUGCUAUUAUGUGCAUAUUGAGCCUGGAGGCAAAAGCAUCGUUGGUUCUGGGCUGUGGAUGCCGGAGUCCCAGCCCUUGGCCCUCCUGAGAGCGAACAUCGAUCGCAAGCCGGAGAAACUGAGAAGAGUCCUCACAGAGCCUCAGUUGCGGAAGCAGAUCUUGGGCGUCGCGUCGAACGACGAGAAGAAGGCGGUCAAGGCAUUUGCUGAUCAUAACAAGGAAAAUGCGCUGAAAACGAAACCGAAGGGCUACGACGCAGACAACCCGAAUAUCGAUCUCCUUCGGCUGCGCUGUUUCACUCUUGGAAAGCGAAUUCCCGACGAAAAGGUGGUCGGGGAGCAGGGACUUCAGACCAUUCUCGAGUUAAUUCGUCCCAUGGUUCCCUUUGUCACAUACCUCAAUAGUGUCGUGAUGCCAGAUGAUGACGAUUCUAGUAGCGAUGAGGCAACCGGCUGA